AUGGUUACACCAGAAUAUGUGUUUUUCUAUAUAUCUGUAAUACUUGCUGUUAUAGUAACUGUGCUUGGCAACCUGCUUGUCAUAAUAUCGGUGUGUCACUUCAAACAGCUGCAUACGCCAACUAAUGUGCUUAUCCUUUCCUUAGCUGUGGCAGAUUUCAUGGUGGGACUGUUUGUGAUGCCACUGGGAUUCAUCUGGCUGGUGGAGGCAUGCUGGCUCUUUGGGACAUAUAUUUGUGCUUUUUUCAACUUUUUUGCAUUCCUGUUGACAGCAGCGUCUGUUCAUAAUGUGGCUCUAAUUGCAGUGGACAGAUACCUGGCUCUGAACAAUCCCUUUCUCUAUACCAAGCAAAUCACUGUGAAUUUCACUGUCAGUGUGGUCUUGUUUACCUGGGCGGUUUCAGUGGGGUAUAAUGUUUCUAUUCUUUACUGCAAUGGGAUUUUCACGACCUUGCUGACACUGUGUCCGAGCGAGUGUCCCAUUGCUUUCAGCAAAAUUUGGUCUUUGGUUGAUUUUGUGGUGGUGUUUGCAUUACCUUGCUCCAUCAUGAUUAUAUUGUAUCUCAAAAUCUUUGCCAUUGCCAGGAAGCACGCCAAUGCCAUCAGGGCAGCUAAUGGUAAUCAGAUCAAUGUAAAUGGAAGCAAGAAUGAGAACAUGCCCAAACGAUCUGAGAGAAAAGCUGCCAGAGUGCUGGGAAUACUUGUGUUUGUAUUUUUGUUAUGUGUUGUUCCAUAUUUCACUGCUAGUGUCAUGGCUAGGUUUAUCAACGGCCAAGUGUUUGAGAUUGUGCUAAAGUAUAUGUCCCUUAUACUUUACCUGAAUUCCAUGUUUAAUCCAAUUAUUUAUGCUUUGUUCUACCCCUGGUUUCAAAAUAGCGUGAAGUUGACUUUGAGGUGUCGUAUAUGUACCCCCGAGUCCUCUUUCAUGCAGCUGAAGUGA